AUGUCUACUUUUUCGUAUGCACAGGCUGCCAAGGGCACCUCCGGGACACCGGCCCCAUCCAAGACCCCGUCAGAGCCCGAGAAGAUCGAGACUCCACCGGUGGAGCAGACCGCCACUGAGACCACAACGGAAACCGCACCAGCUCCCGCUGAAUCCGAGCCCACCCAACAAACUGAGAAGGCUGUUGUUGUUGAGGAGGAGAAGGAUGAUGACUUCACCACUGUCACCAGCAAGCACGCUGCCAAGUCCAAGGCGUUGAACUCCCGCACAUCCAGCCCGAACGUCCGCACAGGAUCCAAGGCGCGCAAGAACAAGGAUGAAGAUUCAUCAAAUACCGCGAAUGGCACCGCAGAUGCCACCGAGAAGCAGGCUUCCACCGAUGGGCAGACUGAGAAGACCGAUGGUGCCACUGAGAAGUCGACUGAAAAGACCGACGAUUCUGAGAAGGACGCACCCCCCAAGGAGCUGAAGGCCGCUCCCCUUCCCUCCGUCAACAUUUGGCAGCAGCGCAGAGAGGCUCAGGACCUCAAGAAGACCGUACCUGCCAAGCCCGCUGCUCCCAACAAGGCUGCUUCCACCAAGGUCGCCUCAACCGCGGAUGAGAGCCAGCAGGACUCAUCCAAGGCCACCAAAAAGAAGGGCGCCGAUGGCGCAUCCGAAGGCACCAAGGAGCGCAAGAAGACCGAAGGUGGAAAAGCACGUGAUGCAGUCCCCUCAGUUGAGGAUUCUACCGCAUGGCCCACACCCCAGGUUGCGAUUGUCGAGGAGAAGAAAAAGACCCAGGAGAAGACUGACAAGAGCCCGGUCAUCAGACCCCAUGGCAAGGAAAAGUGGACCCCUGUUCCAUACGUCCCCACUGCUGUCUUCAACACCCCCCUCCCAUCCGCUGGUGGUCGUGGAGGCAGACGCGCCACCCGUGGUGGCCGUGACGGUGGCCGUGGAGCCCACGGCAACGGCACUGCCGGUGUUGACAAAGCUGCCUCUGGUCAGGCAGCUCAAGGUACAAAGCAGGCAUCUGGAGAGCGAGGACGCCAAGAGUCUGGCACUGGACGUGCUGCUUCUCUCCCUGCUCAGUCAAGACGUUCCACAAGCACUGAUACCGGUGCCGCAGCCGAUGCGCGCAAGGCUACCCAAGCCACCGAGCGAGGCCGUGGAGCCCGCAACGGAGAUGAGAAUGUCAAUGGUAAGCAGGUGAACGGUGGUGAGAACAUCCCUCGCUCCCAGCGCGAAGGCAAGGCCUUCAACCGCAACCAAGAGCCUCGCCAGAAGGGCGGAAACCUGGCUGUUGACUCCCAGGCCGCAGCCCGCUCUAAUGACCGCCGCUUCGAGGCUGGCUCCAAGUCUGCCGAUCCCUCCGGCUUGAAUGAAUUCAACCGCGAGCGCGGCGAGUUCCGCUCCGAGCGUGGAGGCCGUACCAACCGCGGCCGCGGUGGCCCUUACUCUAACUACGGUGGCCAGAACGCCCAAUUCGGCAACCCUGCUAUGCCCAACAACUCUUUUGCCGCCAACAAGGCCUUCGGCUUCAAUGACCGUCAGCGCGCCCAGCAGCAGCAGCACGCUAUCCCCAAUGGAUCUCAACAAGGAAACCGUAUGCCCCUCCGUUCGCCCUCUUUGCCCAACUCUGGAAAUGUUUAUGGUGUUUAUCCUUUCCCAGGUGACAUCAAUACGAUGUACGGCUACCAAGCUGUCAACCCCGCCCCGAUGAGCGCCGUUCCCUACCAGCCUUUCAUGGAGCCAUACGCGCUUCUCAACUUGCUCUCCAUGCAAUUGGAAUACUACUUCUCGGUCGACAACAUGUGUAAGGAUAUGUUCCUCCGCAAGCAGAUGGACUCCCAGGGCUUCGUUCCCUUGCACGUCCUCGCCAGCUUCAAGCGUGUCAAGUCUCUUACCGAGGACUUUGAGCUCCUCCGCCACGUCUCCCGCCAGCUGCGCAACGUUGAGUACCAAACCGGUGAGGAUGGUGUUGACCGCCUGCGCCCCAGAGAGAGAUGGCAGCAGUGGGUCCUCCCCUUGGACCAGCGUGAGCCCGCCGCUCAGCACGAUGGAGCUGCCCCAACUGGAAAGACCGAUGAGAACACCCCUGUCAACACUCACACCGAAAGCGCCAUCAACGGCUCCGCUCCUCAGUUUGUCCCCAACGGUAGCGCCAAGACAUCCCUGUCGUCUACCGCCCCAGAGUUCAUGCCCUCGCUGCCACCCACGGCGGCGAGUGAGAUCACCAAUGUAGGAUACCCCAUGGAAUCCCCUAUCUCCCCUGAAGAUUAUCCCGCGUCGUCCGCGCCCUUUCCCUGGGACCACUCAAAUGUUGACAACCAUCCAGCGCGCAGACUAGACCUGCCAUCCGAACCGUCCCUACCCUCUGAUUUGGAAAAAAGCGUGGGCUCGAUGAGCUUUGACGAGGAUUGCUUCUCACGUCGAGCCAGUACUUCUGAUGAUCUUCAGGCAGCAUCUUCCGUCCAAGCGAGUCACCCGUGGCCCAAUCCACAGGGGCAGGGUCGUCCAUUUACAGAUACACGCAUUUAUGUUCCAAAAUCUUUCAGUGUUUCUCGCGGUGGAUAUUCCAGCAGCCGAGGUGGAUCGGUGGGCAAGGGAUCUCGUUACAACAACUCUCGGCAUAACGAACCCUCGUCAUCACGCUUGGCACCAAAUUGCGAUUCCCACUUGUACAGUGAUUUCAGGCGUUCAGCCGUUGAUGAACUUUUAACACGACAUGUUGACACCAGGUUCAACGAGCUUAUGGAAUUCUUUCGGGCAACUCUACUUGGUCCUGACUUGAUCCCUACCCCGAUGAUAAACGACAUGGUUCACCUUUCUCAGGAAUGGCCAAAGUAUCACCAUAUUGUCUUGCACACGGUCCAUGAAGCCCUCGCCAGUGGAAACAUGAGCACAAAAAACAAGAAAAAAGUCAACAAAUAUUUCAAUACCCAGCACGGCAAGACGCCCGAAGAAAAGUUAUCACGUUGA